GUCGGGCCUGUAGUCUAUUAAGACGAGUAGAAGUAUGGAUGAAACACCACAGCUUACAGCUGGUACCAAACAAGACGGAAGCUGUUAUUAUUAAAGGUAGAAGACGGAGAGACCUUUACUUCAGGCUGGACUGGACCGAGGUAAUACCUGUGAAAGUAGUAAAAUAUCUUUGUAUAAUGAUUGACUACCGACUAUCCUUUAGGAAACAUUUUGAUAGAAUAGUAACAAAGGCUGAACAAAGAGCAGCCACAUUAACGAGAUUUAUGCCCAACAUAGGGGGACCGAGUACAAAGAAAAUAUUGGUAUUAUGUGGAGUAAUACACUCAAUAAUACUAUAUGGUGCACUUAUAUGGAGCGGUGCUCUUAAAUAUAAAAAAUAUAGGGACAUGCUCGGUAGAGUACAGAGGAAAUGA